GGGGGGAAGAGGAGAGGAUUUUUUUUUUCCCGGUUUUUCUUCCCGCUGGAUUUCCCCCCCCCCCCCUCCCCUUCUCCUGCCACCAAAAGAGGAUUGGCACAAGGCAUGGCAUGAGAUUCGGGAAUCGCUGCUGGAGAGAGACCUGUGGAAGAUGUCGAACCCGAGAAACGGCGACACCAAGCCCCCAUGUUUGCCCCGCAAUGGACUGGUGAAGAUCCCCACUCAACCCAACGGCCUCGGCUCUGCCAGCAUCACCAAAGGCACCCCCGCCGUCAAGAACCGCCUGUGCCAGCCUUCCUCUGUGCCUGCCAUCCUCAGCCCAGCCUUAGCCCACCACAGCGACCUGCCCAUCCCCAGCCUGGCCUCCCCGCUCUCCUUGGCCGCUCUGGGCGGCGUCUCCUCCCCUGCCGGCGCCUCCUUGGUGGGACUGAGCACGAGCGAAGGCUCGGAGCAGCCCUCCCCGGAGCGGCUGCCGGGGUCGCCCUCGGAGAGGCAGCUGGCAGUGGACGAGAAGAUUCUCAACCGCUUGUUCUGGUACUUUUCGGCAUGCGAGAAGUGCGUCCUGGCGCAGGUGUGCAAGGCCUGGCGGAGGGUGCUCUACCAGCCCAAGUUCUGGGUGGGUUUGACCCCCGUCCUGCACACCAAAGAGCUCUACAACGUCCUGCCCGGUGGAGAGAAGGAGUUUGUCAGCCUGCAGGGCUUCGCCGUGCGCGGCUUCGAGGGCUUCUGCCUGGUGGGCGUCUCCGAUCUGGACAUUUGUGAGUUCAUUGACAACUAUCCCCUCUCCAAGAAGGGGGUCAAGUCCAUGAGCCUUAAGAGGUCAACCAUCACUGAUGCAGGCCUGGAGGUGAUGCUGGAGCAGAUGCAGGGCGUGGUGAGGCUGGAGCUGUCGGGCUGCAACGACUUCACGGAGGCCGGGUUGUGGUCCAGCCUCAACGCCCGCAUCACGGCGCUGAGCGUCAGCGACUGCAUCAACGUGGCCGACGAUGCCAUCGCUGCCAUCUCCCAGCUGCUGCCCAACCUCACCGAGCUCAACCUGCAGGCCUACCACGUGACGGACACGGCCCUGGCAUACUUCACCGCCAAGCAGGGCUACACCACCCACACCCUGCGCCUCAACUCCUGCUGGGAGAUCACCAACCACGGCGUGGUCAACAUGGUGCACAGCCUGCCCAACCUGAGCGUGCUCAGCCUCUCCGGAUGCUCCAAGGUCACCGACGACGGCGUCGAGCUGGUGGCCGAGAACCUGCGCAAGCUGCGCAGCCUCGACCUGUCCUGGUGCCCUCGCAUCACCGACAUGGCCCUGGAGUACAUCGCCUGCGACCUGCACAAGCUGGAGGAGCUGGUGCUGGACAGGUGCGUGCGGAUCACUGACACUGGCCUCAGCUACCUGUCCACUAUGUCCUCCCUGCGGAGCCUCUACCUGCGCUGGUGCUGCCAGGUGCAGGAUUUUGGCCUGAAGCAUCUCCUGGGCAUGGGCAGCCUCAGGCUCCUUUCACUGGCUGGUUGCCCCUUGCUGACCACCACGGGGCUGUCUGGGCUGGUGCAACUGCAGGAGCUGGAGGAGCUGGAGCUCACCAACUGCCCCGGGGCCACCCCGGAGCUCUUCAAGUACUUCUCGCAGCACCUCCCCUGCUGCAUGGUCAUCGAGUAGCGCCGGGCACAGCGCCGGGCACAGCGCCUGGCACAGCCCAGCGCCCGCCCCAGCGCCACCCCCCUCCCACAGCGUCCACCCCGCUCCUUGCCAGCUGCCGGGGGACUCUCAGCACGCCGCUGACCCCGGGCACCCCCUUCACCCACCCCCCGAGGGACGUGGGGCUCCUAGAGGGGGGUGCAGAACACAAAGGACGUCAUAGUCAGCCCCCGCCGGAGCCUCCCUGUACAUUGUCCCCCAACACCGCUGCCGCCUGCCCCCUGCCCAAUGUCUUGCCGGUGCCCUCUGGAUGGACGGAUGGGCACCACGGAAACCCAGCGUGGGACGGAAGUGGAGGGGCGACCCCAUCCUGCACACAUCCUGCUGCCACUCCAGUGUCAAGAUGCCAGGUGGCCCUGCCACCAAGGAUGCCCCCAAGAUGGCAGAUGGCUCUACCACCAAGGAUGCCCCCAAGAUGCCAGGUGGCCCUACCACCAAGGAUGCCCCCAAGAUGCCAGGUGGCCCUACCACCAAGAAUGUCCUCAGAAUGCCAGGUGGCCAAGGAUGCUUCCAAGAAGAAGGUGCCACCAAGUAUGUCUUCAAGAUGCCAGGUGGCCCUACUACCAAGGAUGUCCCCAAGAUGCCAGGUGGCCAAGGAUGCUUCCAAGAUGGCAGGUGCCUCUGCCACCAAGGAUGUCCCCAAGAUGCCAGGUGGCCCUACCACCAAGGAUGCCCCCAAGAUGGCAAGUGGACCCAGCAACAAGAAUGCCCCCAGGAUGGCAGCUGGGGAUCAGAGGAUGCUCUUGAGGUGCAGCAGAUGCUUCGGGGAUGGGCGAGAGGACGAAGCUUGGGUUUGGCCCCUGUGGGUGGCAGCAGAGGCUGGAUGAGUUCCUUUAAACGCCCCCCCCCCGGGUCACUGAGCCAUCUCCCCCCGUGCUGUGUGUGCCCCCUCGCCCCCGGCACUGCCCGUGGGGUGCCCGGCGCUUCCCCCUGGUCACUGGGAUGUUCUCCCCCGCCCCCGCAUGCUCGCUUGCUUCAGUCUUGUGGUACGGCAGGCGUCGGGGCACCCGGGGGGCACUCGGGGGGCACGGUGACAAAGUGACAGCCCCCGCUCGGCCCCUCCACACGGCUUUGCUCUGCUCGGAUCCUCCCCCGGGAGCCUUGGCAAGCCUCUCUCUUCCCUCGCCCUGGGCACCCCGCCGUACCCUGGCUGAAGCGAGGGUGCUCGGAUGUGCCACCAAGGAGUGACCUGGCUGGCAUGGGGCAUCCUGGAGGGCUGAGGCCAAGUCAGAGCAACCAUGGGGACACUAGCGACAGAGAGCCAAGGCGGGAGGUGGCACCUAGGACACGUUGCCGCUGCCCACCACUCUUCCAGCUUAGAAAGCCAUCGUCCCGAUGCCAACUGCAAGCUGGGGGGGACGGGACGGACCCCUAGGUCAAGUCGAAGCGUGCACAGGGCUGGGGUGCCCACAGGGCUUGGUGGCUGCCCUCCUGCUGCCAGCCUGGCUGCCCACGUGGCUCCGGGAGGAGCGUGGGCAGGGCUGCGGACACUGGCAGGGGCUCGGGCAGGGGCACGGACACGCUUCGGUUCGGUUUGCCUUUGUAGCGGGCGGGAAGGAACUGCUGCACCA